AUGGUGAGACUAUUGGGAUUAGCAAGGGGGCUAGUUGGGGAACCUGCUGAGUUGCCAAGGGAGAUUACUCGUUCGAUUCCGACCAGUGAGAAUGUUGGUGAGAGCGGGUGGCUUAUCCGUUUCUUUGAUUCAGCAUUUUUCUGUGAAUGGAUUGCCGUCAGCUACUUGUACAAGCAUGAUCAUGCAGGUGUUAGGGAUUACCUAUGUAAUAGAAUGUACACCCUGCCCCUUCCGGGCAUUGAAAGUUACUUGUUUCAGAUAUGUUACAUGCUUAUAUACAAGCCUAGCCCUUCCUUGGAUAAGUUUGUUAUCGAUAUCUGCUCAAAAUCACUUAAAAUUGCACUUAAAGUGCACUGGUUCUUGAUGGCUGAGCUUGAGGACAAUGAUGAUAAUGAGGGAAUUAGUAGGAUUCAGGAGAAGUGCCAAAUUGCAGCUACUUUGAUGGGUGAGUGGCCCCCUUUGAUUAGGCUGCAAAAUGCUGCUUCGUCGAGUCCUCUGGGUAAGAACCAAGUGCUCAAUAGAUUGCUCUCUUCAAAGCAGAAACUCUUGUCUCUGACGUCCUCUCCUCCUGGGGGGCAGCGCUCAGUGUCAUUUUCAUCUUCUUCUGGACAUAACUUGCAGCAGGAUGAUGGUAGUGGUAGCAAUGGAAUCCUUACUAACAAGGUGUCAUCACCUGAUGAUAAUAAGAUCUUCAAGAAGUUAAUUCCUGGAACAAAAAUGAGGGAUGCACUACUUUUCAGAAAAUCAGUUGACAAGGAUGAGGAAGAUACAGAGAAGGAUGGCUUUUUCAAGAGGUUGUUGAGAGAUAGUAGAGAUGAAGACACCAAGAAAUCUGUGGACAGAAUUGAUGUGGAGUCUGAAAAAGAAGGGUUUUUCAAAAGGUUGCUUAGAGAUAGCAGAGAUGAGGAUGUUCGUAAAUCAGUGGAUGAUGAUGAACCAGAGAAGGAGGGUUUCUUCAAGAGGUUGCUCAGGGAUAAUAGGGAUGAAGAUUCUCGAAAAUCUAUGGAUAAAGAUGAUGACGAAUCAGAAAAGGAUGGGUUUUUCCGGAGGUUGUUAAGAGAUAGUCGGGAUGAAGAUGAGGAGCUAACUUCUAGCUCGGAUGGGUUCUUUAAAAGAUUAUUUCGUGACAGCAAAAGUGAAGCAGAGGAAAAACCUGGUUCAAGAUCUGGAGAAGAUGACGGUAAAGAUGGAUUCUUUAAGAAGAUUUUCAAGGAGAAAUUUGAUGAGAAAAAAGAUAUGGGUGAAAGAAAUGAUGAAGAGGGAAAAGCACGAAGAACUUCCGAAGAUGAUGGGUUCUUCAAAAAAUUCUUUAAAGAAAAAUUCGAGGACAAGAAAGAUAGCGAUCAUGAGGAUGGAAAAGAGCAGCUAAAUGGGGAAGAAGAUGAGCCUUCAGAGUUUUCAUUGUUUCGCAGGAUAUUUCGAGUGCAUCCUGAGGACCCAAAAUCUCCUGCUGUUGACAAUAAUAAUGGUAAUGAUAGCAGUCCUGGAACAGAAAAGUUUUUCCGCAAGCUGUUCCGGGAUCGCGAUCGAUCUGUGGAAGACUCGGAGCUUUUUGGUUCAAGAAAGAGCAAGGAGAAUGCUCCUGGCUCGCCAAAGCAUUCAAAACCUCCACUUCCAAUGAGUGGUGCAUCACAUUUCCGGAAGGGGGCAUAUCAUGCAUCACUUGACUUUGUACUAUCUUUAUGCGACACUUCAUAUGGAUUAGUAGAUGUGUUUCCAAUUGAAGACCGGAAGAGUGCCCUUUGUGAGUCGCUCACGGAGAUCAAUUCCCAGAUUGCUGCUUCUCAGAGCAGUGGAGGGGUUUGUUUCCCAAUGGGAAAGGGAGUGUAUCGUGUAGUUCAUAUACCUGAAGAUGAAGCUGUUCUUUUGAAUUCUAGGGAAAAAGCUCCGUAUUUGAUCUGUGUUGAAGUUCUGAAAAGUGACAUGGCCAGCAACUUGAAAGAUGGGUCAAAUUCACAGAAGCUUUCUAAAGGAGGCAUCCCUUUAGCCAAUGGAGAUGCAUUAUUGCCUAAACCGCCACCUUGGGCAUAUCCAUUAUGGACUGGAAAUGAUAUGUACCAUAGUGGUUAUGAUAGGAUGUCGAGGUCUACUUCUCAAGCGAUAGAUGAGGCAAUGACUCAAUUGUGGGAAGCUAAAGUAAAAUUUGUUCGUGUGAAUCUUGCUGUGGAGAGUCAAUCAAUCUCAGAAAUUCAAUUUUGUAGCUGUGAGAAUGGUUCAAUAUGUAGCCAAAGUAGAGAUACUGUGGGUCUUCCUCAGCAGAAGAAGGGCCUGGAAAAUGAAUGGGUGAAGGUUACUUUGACAACCGAUCCUGGAGUUAGCAUGGAUGACAUUGUUGACCAAGAACCACAAAGGAGGAGAAGGGAGCAUCGUCGUGUCCCUAGUACAGUAGCCAUGGAGGAAGUCAAGGCAGCUGCAUUGAAGGGAGAAGCGCCCCCUGGCCUCCCUCUGAAAGGAGCGGGCCAGGAUUCAUCAGAUGCGCAACCAAAGGCUGGAGGAACUCCUAAGGAAACUGAUGCAUUGUCAGGGGAACUUUGGGAGGUAAAGAAAGAGAGAAUACGCAGAGCCUCAGAUUAUGGGAAAUUACCUGGUUGGGACUUGCGUUCUGUAAUAGUGAAAAGUGGAGAUGACUGUAGGCAAGAGCAUCUUGCUGUACAACUUAUUUCCCACUUCUACGAUAUAUUUCAGGAAGCCGGUCUUCCUCUCUGGCUGCGGCCUUACGAAGUUCUGGUUACAUCCUCGUACACUGCACUAAUUGAAACAAUUCCAGAUACAGCUUCAAUUCAUUCAAUCAAGAGUAGGUAUUCCAACAUUAGCAGUUUGAGGGAAUUUUUUAAUGCCAAGUAUCAAGAGAAUUCUCCAAGUUUUAAGCUUGCGCAGAGAAAUUUCGUUGAAAGCAUGGCUGGAUAUUCUCUAGUUUGCUAUCUCUUACAGAUAAAGGAUCGCCAUAAUGGAAAUCUUUUGUUGGAUGAAGAAGGUCAUAUUAUCCAUAUUGAUUUUGGCUUCAUGCUCUCUAAUUCCCCUGGAGGUGUUAACUUUGAAAGUGCACCAUUCAAGUUAACUCGUGAACUUCUGGAGGUUAUGGAUUCUGAUGCUGAGGGUGUUCCAAGUGAGUUUUUCGAUUACUUCAAAGUUCUAUGCAUCCAGGGAUUCCUUACAUGCCGGAAGCAUGCAGAGCGGAUAAUUCUUCUUGUUGAGAUGGUGCAGGAUUCUGGUUUCCCUUGUUUCAAGGGUGGUCCCAGGACAAUACAGAACUUGAGGAAACGGUUUCACCUCAGUUUGACAGAAGAGCAAUGUGUGUCCUUGGUGCUUUCUCUAAUCAGCAGCAGCUUGGAUGCAUGGAGAACUCGUCAAUACGAUUACUACCAGAAGGCUUUGACUCAAGGAAAGGAAAGUGAGACCUUACUGGCAUUAAGGAUGGUGUAA